GCAGAGCAGAGGAUGGAGAGGGGAGCUCACUGCACUACCUUGGUCAAUGCUUGCAGCUAACAGUGGUGUGCCUGUGUUUAUAUGCUGGAGUGACUGAUGAACAGAAGUAUUCAAGUCGGGAGGGUGAUUCCCUGUCAAAGCAUUCGCUAUUCAGAUCCCAGGAAUCUAGACAGAAGUCUGUGCACAUUACAAUGGGCUGCAAUUUGUGCACUUUUCAGAAAAGAGAGGAACACUACAAACUGCUGUACGAAGUGGCACAGGUCAAUGGAAAAGAUCUCUCCAAAGCUAACCAUGAAGAGGCGGUUGAGGCUUUUCGAAAUGCUAAAGAACCAAUAGUAAUUCAGGUUUUAAGAAGAGCCCCGACUAGCAAAGCCCAUGGAAGUUCGCAAGAGGUUCACCUUGUGAAUGUCAGCACACAAACAGACAUUACUUUUGAGCACAUCAUGGCUCUAGCCAAACUUCGACCAUCUACUCCACCUGUUCCUGACAUUUGUCCAUUUCUUCUCUCUGACAGCUGCCAUUCUCUUCAUCCAACGGAGCAUGAAUUUUAUGAAGGUAAUGAGUAUCUUUCCAGCCUUCCUGUUGAUGGAGAUAGGACAGAAGACUUUGAGUACGAGGAGGUUGAGCUUUGUCGCCUUAACAAUGAAGAUAGACUGGGCCUUACUGUCUGCUACAGAACAGAUGAUGAGGAAGACACGGGGAUCUAUGUCAGCGAGGUUGAUCCAAAUAGUAUUGCUGCAAGAGAUGGCCGCAUCCGUGAAGGAGACCGCAUUUUACAAAUUAAUGGUCAAGAUAUCCAGAACAGAGAAGAGGCUGUAGCACUGCUCUCCAGUGAUGAAUGCAAAACGAUUAUUCUGCUGGUUGCCAGACCAGAUAUACCGCUGGAUGAAGGGUGGCUUGAUGAUGAAAGGAAUGCAUUUUUGGAGGAGUUAAAGAUGGAAUUGUUGGAAGAGCAACGUAAUGAAGCAACACCGUAUACAGCGAAUGAAAUUCAACAGCAAAAAAAGCCAGAAGAAGAAGAUGGGACAACAGACACAGCCACCUCAUCAUCCAACAACCACGAAAAAGACAGUGGUGUGGGCCGAACUGAUGAAAGCCAACGUAAUGAUGAAAGUUCAGAAGUAGAAAACAUAGUAGAGGACCCCAAUAUCACAUGUUUGCAAACAAACAGGGAUUUACGGCAAAGUCAGGAAACUUUAGGAAGCAUUGAAUUGCAUUGCAAUGAAAGCUUUGCUUCUGGAGAGUAUAUGGAUUCUGAUUUUGUUGGCAAUCAAGAAGAAGAAUAUGAUAGAUAUAGACAACUGUUAGAGCUUAAAUGCCAGAUCAGAAAUCGAGGCGAGUAUGACCUUUAUUAUUCUAGUAGCACAAUUGAAUGUAGCAGAGCAGAACAAAGUGGAGUAGAACAUGAGUUACAAAUGCUGAAUGAAGAACUGAGAAAUAUUGAGCUUGAGUGCCAAAGUAUUAUGCAGGCUCAUCGACGACAACAUAUGGGCAAACAGAGUGAAGAUAUAUGGUCUAUGCAUAAUGAUGGAUUCAGAAAUUAUAACACCAGCAUAGAUCUACCGAGUGGUAAAACAGGUGACAUCACAGAGAAUCCGGAGAGAUCAGAUAAGGACAGCUCAAGUGCUUACAACACAGCUGAGAGUUGUAGAAGCACACCUCUAACUGUAGACCGAUCUCCCGAGAGCUCGAUACAGCGAAUAAUUAGUAUCACCAACCGCAAGAAUCUCAGAAGCACUAUUGUUACAAAUCAUUUAGCAUCUGGACUUAGAAGUACAGAAAACAGAUCAAACAAACAAAAAGCAAAUGAUCAGAACCUUUGUACUGAAUUUCAAGAGAAUGUGUUAGAGUGCAGUACUUUCUCUGAACAUAAAAACAGUGCAGAGGAAAUUCCGUACCUUUCACCCUACCAUAAUUCCAGCUACAAAUAUGGAAAUAUACCAGUUCAUGCAAGACAUUAUCAAAGUUACAUGCAACUCAUCCAACAGAAAUCUGCAGUGGAAUAUUCACAAAGCCAGCUAAACCUGGUGACCAUGUGCAAAGAUUCACAAAGGUCAUUAGAGCCAAGGAUGGAAUGGAAAGUAAAGAUCAGGAGUGAUGGAACGAGAUAUAUCACCAAAAGGCCGGUGAGAGAUAAACUUCUGAAAGAACGUGCCUUAAAAAUCAAGGAAGAAAGAAGUGGAAUGACAACAGAUGAUGAUACAAUGAGUGAAAUGAAAAUGGGCCGCUACUGGAGCAAAGAGGAGAGAAAGCAACACCUUAUGAGAGCAAAGGAACAAAGACGAAGACGAGAGUUUAUGAUGCGUAGCAGGUUGGAGUGCUUAAAGGAAAGCCCUCAAAGUGGUAGUGAAAGUAAAAAAGAAGUGAGUAUCAUUGAACUGAGUCACAAAAAAAUGAUGAAAAAACGUAACAAAAAGAUUUUGGACAACUGGAUGACAAUCCAAGAACUUAUGACACAUGGUGAAAAGUCUCCAGAUGGAACCAGAGUACACAAUGCCUUUUUAUCAGUCACUACUGUUUGAGUAUGACUGCCAAGGAGUAUGCUACCUUUUUAGGUAGAGUACAAUUGCCUCGUUCAAUGUGGCAUUUUUAUAUAUUUUGUGACCCUUUAUACUUUUGAUUUUUUGUAAACAAAACUAUUUGGCAAUUUUACA